AUGGGCAGAAAAACACAAUUACUGUUCCAGUAUGCCUUGAAUGCGAGCAAGCACGGCAGAGACGUCCUCUAUAUCAGCCCUGAUAGGAAUCAGCUAGAGCAAAGCUUACAGAAGCAGAUGCGCAGUAGCCAAGUGACCGCCGAUAUUUUCCGACGGAUACAAGUCAAGUAUAUACCUCCGGAAGCGAGUGUACUCCAAGCGUUCUUCACAUCACUGCAAACUAAUGGAUUGGAAGGUACCCAGCUUAUAGUGGUGGAUAACUUCGGCUCAUAUUGCCCGUUACCGCAGGCUCAAAGUGAGGCAAGCGACAUCGCAAAAACCUGUGCUAUACUUUGCAACGGCGCAGAUAGUUUGACAGGCGCGGAAGUCGUAGUAGGCGAUAAUCUGCUAGAUGCCAACACACCUCUUCCACUCGAUGGAAUCCACUCGCGCUUACAGAUCUAUAUGCGCUCCUUCCCGCUGGCCCUUCAGGUGUUAGGU